CACCAGCUCAAAGAGACACCCCAGAAGUUAGCAUCAGUGGGACUGGGAAGCUCGAAUCUCAACAAGUGUCCAGCUAUGGCUGGUGAUUGCAGGAAUGCUAUGAGGAAGGAUAUGGAGAUUGGAGUCACCUCCAGGGACCCUAAGAAGAUUCCCAAGCAGGCUCGCGAUUACAUCCCCAUAGCCACAGACCGCACGCGCCUGCUGGCGGAAGGCAAGAAGCCCCGCCAGCGCUACAUGGAGAAGAGUGGCAAGUGCAACGUCCAUCACGGCAACGUCCAGGAGACCUACCGGUACCUGAGCGACCUCUUCACCACCCUGGUGGACCUCAAGUGGCGCUUCAACCUGCUCGUCUUCACCAUGGUCUACACCAUCACUUGGCUGUUCUUUGGUUUCAUUUGGUGGCUCAUUGCUUACAUCCGGGGCGACCUGGACCAUGUCGGUGACCAAAAGUGGAUUCCUUGUGUGGAGAACCUCAGUGGCUUCGUGUCUGCCUUCCUGUUCUCCAUCGAGACAGAAACCACCAUUGGUUAUGGCUUUCGAGUGAUCACAGAGAAGUGUCCAGAGGGGAUCAUACUCCUCUUGGUCCAGGCCAUCCUGGGCUCCAUCGUCAAUGCCUUCAUGGUGGGCUGUAUGUUUGUCAAGAUCAGUCAGCCAAAGAAGAGAGCGGAGACUCUCAUGUUCUCCAACCAUGCCGUCAUCUCCAUGCGGGAUGAGAAGCUUUGCCUCAUGUUCCGGGUGGGGGACCUUCGCAACUCCCACAUCGUGGAGGCCUCCAUCCGGGCCAAGCUCAUCAAGUCCCGGCAGACCAAAGAAGGGGAGUUCAUCCCCUUGAACCAGACAGACAUUAACGUGGGCUUUGACACUGGGGACGACCGUCUCUUUCUGGUGUCCCCACUCAUCAUCUCGCACGAGAUCAAUGAGAAGAGCCCCUUCUGGGAGAUGUCUCGAGCUCAGCUGGACCAGGAGGAGUUUGAAGUUGUGGUCAUUCUAGAAGGGAUGGUGGAGGCAACAGGCAUGACUUGCCAAGCACGGAGCUCCUACAUGGAUACAGAGGUUCUCUGGGGUCACCGGUUCACACCAGUCCUCACUUUGGAAAAAGGCUUCUAUGAGGUGGACUACAACACCUUCCAUGACACCUAUGAGACCAACACGCCCAGCUGCUGUGCCAAGGAGCUGGCAGAAAUGAAGCGGGAAGGCCGGUUCCUCCAUUACCUCCCCAACCCCUCCCUGCCAGGAGGCUGUGCUGACACAGAGCUGAAUAUAGAGGCUGAGCAAGAUGGGGAGGGUGAGCCAGAGGAACAGAGUGGGUCCCGGGAAACCAGGGGCUUGGUGUGAAGACUGCAUGGUCUUCAGGACUUCUCUUCACAGGCUUCUAUGAGCACAGAUGCUGCAGAGCCUGGGGUAGAAGGGGGUGAAUUGGCUGAGUGCACUGUUGGGGACUUGGGUACCAUCAAGGC